CAACAUAUUCUUCACCCAUCCACAUUAACUCAUCGACCCCUCAUUUUCUCCCUCGACGCCCAGAACCCGACGAUGGACAAGCAAAAAAGCCAACCGCUAUUCCCAUUAUUCUCUCGACUUCCAGCUGAGUUGCGGAUGAUGAUAUGGGAGGACUCGAUCGAGCCGCGAAUUGUCAGGGUUAACAUUCUGUCUCACAGCUCGUCUGACUUCUGGUCCGUGACCUACAAGCGGACCGUCUCCUGGCGGGUUACGCGUAUCCCAACCCUACUCGAGGUGUCGGUCGAAGCCCGACAAGUUGGGCUUCGGCAAUACGAAAUGUUACGCUGUGUCUAUCCUGUUACGGUUGCGCGAGGAAAACCCAUGGCGAUAGUUUAUUUCCAUCCUCGGAUGGACGUGCUGGGCCAGGACUUCCAGGCCGUCCCCAUGAACUCGCAGACGGCUUAUGUACGGCCUCCAGGGUGUGAUUGGGACCCCUUACCUGUGGAAUUCUUCAACAUCUUCAGGGGCCAACGACCGCUGACCGAUGACUCUUUCGACGUUUUCCACCAGCUCCGCCACAUUCAUCUCGACCUCUUCAUCCUCAGAGAGAGCGGUGAUCUUGGGAUCGAGAAGAUGUGGUCGUUCAUAAAUAGCCUGCUUAAAGAUCAAGCACCCGACGUCUUGAAGACGGUGACGCUGAGGAUCAUGGACGCAGCGAGAUCUCCAACCGAUCCUUGGUCAAGCUACAACAAGCAAUCGUCCAUGUACCGCAUUGUACGCCGUCCGACUCUCCCAAUCCCCAACCCAAAGGAAUUCUUCUCGGGGUGUGUUACAAGGGAAUACUGCGCCAAGCUCUCCUAUACCGACAUACUUGCGCGUGACGGGGCUAUCUUCACCAGGCCCGUGAUGAGCGACUUCGCCGUUCUCCGCGUCAUUGACCCGGCUGCAAACGGUGCGCCGGUUCAUGUGCAGGAGGCGACGUACUGGGCGAUACUCGCAGAGGGGGAGGAAAAGCGCCAGCUGCCCAACCUUAUUGAUUGGCUGUUGGACUUACUGGACACAGCGAGGUCGCCGUUACCCGAGAGCCCUUGGGGCAUUUGUGGUGUCAACUACGGUAUGGAGGACGCCAAGGUGUAUCCAAAGAUAAGAGCCCCGGUUGAGUGGCCCCUCUUGUAUUGA